AUGCCGCCCUCGGCCGGACGGUGUCGGCAGUUGCUCCGUCAGUGCUGGACGCAGGAACUGAGAAGGAGAGAGCGAAUAGAGCCGCUCUCGCAUGCGGCACGACACCAAGCCAAAAAGGACCCGAAAUUGCUCACUCCUUCGCUGACCAGGCAUAUGCAGCUUCGCGACCUUCCUACAGGCUUCACCUCCAGGUUCGUCCAGGACAAGCGCCGCAUGAAAGUCUCUUCCGCCUCCGACGUUGACGUUGCGGAGUUCUCUCUUCCUCCCACUGCCCAUGCCCGGAAAGAUCCCCGCGAGCAACUCACUCCUCUCGACCUUCUGGCCAUUCAUACGUCGCCAAGUGUGACGGCCAGAGCACGCGAUACGGCGGUCGCUUCACUUCUGUCUCGCCCAAGGUCGCCCCGUCCGCGGUUUCCCUCAGCGCCUUCAUACUCCCCAGGAAGUGCGGCGUCCAGCGUUUCAGUUGGUGGAUUAACGGGCGCGAUCGAGGUGGGACGAGCGGGCCGUCGGGGACCGCUGUCUCUCCCUGCACACUCGGCAAAGACAAGCAGAGCAGACGAAGGAGCGAAUAGGGACAGAGCGGGAGAAGGCAACGAUCCUGAAAGCCGAAACACCGAUCUCGGCAGCAAAAGGGUGGCAAGCAACGUACACCCGUCUCCUCGUCUUGCAGACACACACGACUUGUAUGUGGAGCUAUCACGAAUUGCUUCGCAGACGGGAUUUACUCUUGACGCGCAAAAGGCACUCGCACUGGUUCCAAGAAAGCGAUCACCUGCAGCGGAUUCCUAUCGGGCGUUGCUUCCUCCGGAAAUUCCCGCAUCCGCCGCUGGCUCCAGGAGGCCUAGGAGCGAUACACUCACGCUGCGCCGCGUUCUCCCUGCGGCAGAGAGACACAAACAAAGAAGCGGUUGCAGAAUAGCUGGGGGAGGCUGGGGAUGGAGAGACGACCGAGAAGCGGUUAAGGACGCGUUUAGGAACCACGUGACAGUGGAGCGUUCCAGCAGUGCCUCUCCUUUCGCCUUCUCAGUUGUGCCUGAAGAAGAAUGA